AUGGCGCAAACUCAUUUUGCUGGGGGUUUUGUUUUUCUCUCAAAACGAACAGGAGUUGUAGAACCCCAGAUUGGCUGGAUGACCAAGCCGGACAGUUUGGAGGAUUCACUGGGACUCGAGUACCUGACUGACCUCUCCGAGCUUAUCAUUCGCCAAGAGGUCAAACUGAUUGAAAGUUUGAGCUCACAGGAGAUAGAGAAUACCUACCGGAUCUGCAAUUCUGCGGGGGAACAGGUCUACUAUGCCCAAGAAGAAUCAAAAGCCACACAGAGGCAAUGCUGUGGAUCGUACAGGCAGUUUACUAUGCACAUUCGAGAUAAACUCGGAAUGGAAAUUAUACGACUGAAGAAGAAGUUUGUGUGUUGUGGAGGGAGUAGUUGCUUUGCUUGCUGCAAAGGUUGCUCCAAUUACAUCGAGAUAGAGGCUCCUGUGGCGAUACAGAUUGGUUAUAUGAGACAAGAACGGACCAAUCCACAAUACGUCAUAUACGACACAUCCAAAUAUUCCUCCACGCACAGUCGGAGUGCUUGA